AUGGUAAUCGCCAUGACCUGGCACAAGCCCGAUAACGUCGCCGGCUCAUCGGCGCCGGCUAUCAUGAUAGGGUUAUUCGUCGCGACAGGAGGUCUCUUGUUUGGUUAUGAUACGGGUACAAUAUCGGGAGUGGUGGCAAUGCGUGCCUUUCGCGAACAAUUCUCAACGGGUUACGUUGAUCCUUCCGACAAUGAAUUAUCCAUCACGCCGAGUCAAUCCGCUCAAAUCGUUGCAAUCUUGAGUGCUGGAACAUUCUUCGGAGCAUUACUUGCUGCGCCCAUGGGCGAUAAAAUUGGUCGACGGAUAUCUCUCAUCAUUUCUGUCGGUAUAUUCUGUAUUGGGGUGGCACUUCAGACUGCUGCAAUGCAGAUUCCGAUGCUUAUUGCUGGAAGAUUCUUUGCGGGUCUAGGCGUUGGAAUUAUUUCUGUUCUCGUUCCUCUGUAUCAAUCAGAGAUGUCACCGAAAUGGAUUCGCGGAACUCUUGUAUGCACAUAUCAACUUGCCAUCACUUGUGGGCUUCUUCUCGCCGCCGUCGUCAACAUAUUUACCCAAAGUAUUGAUGGGCCAAAAGCUUUUCGAAUUCCUCUUGCAAUACAAUUCGUUUGGGCAGGCAUUCUCUUCCUCGGCCUUGCUUUAUUACCCGAAACACCUCGCUAUCUCAUCAAACGUGGUCAACAUCAGGCAGCUGCUUCAUCUUUAAGUCGCCUUCGUCGCCUUGACAUAACGCAUCCUGCUUUGAUAGAAGAAUUGGCGGAGAUUGAAGCGAACCAUGAAUAUGAGUUGAGUUUAGGUUCUUCAUCAUAUAAAGAUAUUUUCCUCGGCUCGCCGCAUUUAGGUCGUCGACUUCUAACCGGUUGCGUUCUACAAAUGCUUCAGCAGUUGACUGGUUGUAACUUUAUCUUCUACUAUGGUACGACUUUCUUCAAGAAUGUCGGAAUUUCGUCACCUUACGUAAUUCAACUUAUUUCAAACAUAGUCAAUACUGUCUCAACCAUUCCUGGAAUGUUUCUAGUCGAAUCACUAGGUCGUCGUCGUCUUCUUAUGCUAGGUGCAGCAGGAAUGGCAGUUUGUCAUUUCUUGAUUGCAUCGGUUGGAACUGCAGCACACGAAGAAGCGAGAGCAGUGAAUUUAGUAAUUAUUGUAUUUGUUUGCCUAUUCAUCUUCUUUUUUGCUUCAUCUUGGGGACCAGUCGUUUGGGUCGUCACAUCAGAAAUCUUCCCAUUGAAGGUUCGAGCCAAGUCCAUGUCGAUCUCCACCGCUUCGAAUUGGCUUCUCAAUUUCGCCAUCGCUUACAGCGUUCCAUAUAUGACCAGCAGCGGACCUGGUUAUGCAAAUCUUCAAGCAAAGAUAUUCUUUCUUUGGGCUUGCUUUUGUGUAAUCGCGUUUGCAUUCGUAUGGGGGAUGGUAUACGAAACAAGCAAAAUCAGUCUUGAGCAGAUUGACGAGUUAUAUGAACGAGUCGACCAUGCUUGGCAUAGUAAUAACUUUGAACCUAGCUGGAGUUUUCAAGAAAUGCGAGAUGAAGGCGCAUCUGCAAGUGGAAUCCAACUACAGCUACAACUUGCUGAUCAAGAAGAACCGAGGAGACGGACAGGUACAAGUGCAAGUGCAACGGGAAGUGAAGGUACCAUGUCUGAGGAAGAUAAAAUCGUUGCGGGAUUAGGAGACGUGGAUUUGAGUUAUUAG